UAUGAUCAAAACGCGAGCGUCAGGAGAGGGCAGCACACAACAUGAUGGCUUUUUCAUUUUCUGCUCCAUAGGACCACAAGUAACUCAUGGGCGGUCCUUGCUUUUUGGUCGAGAAGAGGCCGGACACCGGGAAGCCCGGGCCGAAGUUGAAGAAGACACCCUGUCCAGCGUGCACGGACAACUUCCAGAUUGCGAAAUUCGAGUUUGAAAGCAAGGAGUGGCACAGCGUGGAGCAAGCCUACCAGGGCUACAAGUUCCACGAGGAAACCGACCGGGAGAAGAUGCGGCUAGAUCUCCCGACCCCGGGCGAGUCGAGCCACGAUUACGGCCAGCGGAUGUGGCGGCUGGGGCAACAGGGCACCCCACACAAAACGGAAGCGGACGGCGUGCGGCUCAUGUACCGGCUAUGUGCGGCCAAGCUGCGGCAACACCCAGAGAUGCAGCAAGACCUCUUGGCGACCGGGGAAACUGCGAUUUUUGGUGGCCCCAGCACCGCGCAAUGGAGCAAGUGGAACGGGUUGAUUCAAACUAGGCUACGAGAGGAGUUGCGCACUGGCGAAACGAACGCGCUCGGCGGCUUGGCGGGGGAUGAUGUUUUCAAAUUCUCAACCCCCGCCCGACCAACAGACGUGGCCGCAGCACAACGGAACGCGGAAACUUUGCUUGCUGCGUUGCGCGAGGCUGAGCCGAAGCUGAUAGAAUUGGGCGUGAUCAGUGCUGAAGAGUGA